CCGUAAAUAGGCAGACACAUCAGAAGAGAGAGGGAGCACCCUUCCGAAGCCACGCCACCGACAUCGCCUCGUGACCCGACGCACUGCGCCAGGGACCCAGCCAGCUAGCUACAUCCACUGAUCCACGCGCAUUCCCCGUACCACCGCCACCGCGCCGCGUCACGGAAGGAGGAGGAUGUCGUCGUCUCCCUCGCCGGCGGCCACCCGCCUGGAUCUGGAUGGCAACCCCAUCGCUCCCCUCACCAUCUGCAUGAUCGGCGCCGGCGGCUUCAUCGGCUCCCACCUCUGCGAGAAGCUAAUGGCCGAGACGCACCACACCGUCCUCGCUGUUGACGUCUACUGCGACAAGAUCCGCCACCUUGUCGACCCCGCGCCGCCGCACCUCGCCGGGCGCAUCUCAUUCCACCGCCUUAACAUAAAAAACGACUCCAGGCUAGAGGGGCUCAUCAAGAUGGCCGAUCUGACCAUAAACCUGGCCGCGAUCUGCACGCCGGCCGACUACAACACUCGCCCACUUGACACCAUCUACAGCAACUUCAUCGACGCACUCCCAGUGGUCAAGUACUGCUCCGAGAACAGCAAGCGUCUCAUCCACUUCUCCACCUGCGAGGUCUACGGCAAGACCAUCGGCAGCUUCCUCCCCAAAGACCACCCGCUCCGCAAGGAGCCUGAAUUUUAUGUUCUUAAAGAAGAUGAGUCGCCCUGUAUUUUUGGUCCAAUCGUGAAACAAAGAUGGUCCUAUGCAUGCGCAAAGCAACUUAUUGAGAGGCUUGUAUUUGCUGAAGGUGCAGAAAAUGGCCUUGAUUUCACAAUCGUGAGACCUUUCAAUUGGAUUGGACCAAGGAUGGACUUCAUUCCUGGUGUUGAUGGUCCUAGUGAAGGUGUGCCUCGGGUUUUGGCUUGCUUCAGUAACAAUCUGCUCCGGAGAGAGCCCUUGAAGCUUGUUGAUGGGGGUCAGUCUCAGAGAACCUUUGUCUACAUCAAGGAUGCUAUCGAAGCUGUAGUGCUGAUGAUUGAAAAUCCUGCUCGAGCCAAUGGCCACAUCUUCAAUGUUGGGAAUCCGAACAAUGAAGUUACCGUUAGGGAGUUGGCCCAAAUGAUGACAGAGGUCUACGCAAAUGUCUCAGGAGAGGCACCGCUGGAUGAGCCCAUGAUUGACGUGAGCUCGAGUCAGUUCUACGGUGAAGGAUACGAUGAUAGCGACAAGAGGAUCCCCGACAUGACUAUAAUCAACAAGCAGCUAGGUUGGAACCCAAAGACGCCUCUCAAGGAUCUGCUGGAGACAACACUGACAUAUCAGCACAAGACAUACAAAGAAGCUGUGAAAAGGCAAAUGUCGCAGGCUUCAGCGUCGACUUAGAUAGCGUGCCCCUGGCUCUCGUCUAGAGCCUAGUCGCAGCUGUUAAGAUGUUUCGGAAGCGCAGGUCACACAUACGCUAGUGAUCUUUUUUUUGAGGCCCUAGAUGUCCGUGUUGUUAGAUAACCAAGGGAUGCUGUAUCAGUAUGAUAUAUUUGUGGCAGAGUUGAUGUAUUCCAUCGUUGAGCUGUUAUAUAUUGCUGUUUGAGUGUAGAACUAGUUGCUCAGUUAUAUGUUAUUGGUUCAUGAGAUUAGCGCCCA